AUGAAUGCAGGUUUUCUUCGUGAGUCCGCACCGUUGCACGAUUUGGUCCGUCGGUAUGCUUCUCCGAUACGCAAGACGACGUCUCCGGCCUAUCGAAAAGGGUGGAAUGCCUUCAUACUAAACCCCCAUCCGCUUACGCUGCGCUGUGUAUCCUCAUGGUCUUUCCCGUCAUUUUCAUCACCCCACCCCACCGCGCGGCGUUCCCAGGCAUCGUUUAAAUUAGGCAAUUCCCCCCACACCACCGCGGAAGAGGAGGAGCAGGAUAAAAUCCUCGAGGAGGAGGAAUUCAGCGCGAUGCAGGAGCGCGCGGAGGAGGAGGAUCGCUACCUCCCCUUCGCUCACCGUCUCGCAGGGAAGGCGGAUGCGCUCGACAUGGAGCUGCGGCGUCUUCGCUGGGAGCUCCUCGAACGGCAGCAGCUGCUGGUGGAUACGGAAGGGGGAACGUUCUUUUGCCGCCCGGCGAACCCGCGGCGGGUGUUGGUUCGCGUUUUUUCCAACCAACGCGCCUCUUUGCAAAACGAUUCCAUCACCUCAAAAUCGAGAAACAGCUCCCUGCAGGGGUUGAAAAAUCAUGACGAGGAGAUGACGCUCACGGCGAAGGAUCUCCAGCCGUACUCGGGGUGGUGUGGAUCCCCUUCUGUCGUGGUGCGGUUCGUUGCGUUUCUCGCGCGUCGUCUGCUGGGGUUGCUUUCGACCCAACAACCUCCCCACCGCGAUGGGGAAGACGCCUCUACGAAAGAAAUCGCAACGCUCACGCAGGAUCUCGAUUACAUCCGCCGCGUGCGAUCCUACCACGCACUGAACUUCUACAGUCGGAUGAACCUCACCCCGAAGCGGCAUCUCGGGCAUGCCGUGUAUAUCGUAUUGUGGAAUUUGUGGAUUGGGGUUCAAAACGGCCUCGGUUGCCUUAUUUUCUAUACCAUGCGAGAAAUCAAAGAAACUGGGUGGAUCCGUGGUCUUUUGAGGGGUCCGUUAAAGGGAGGAUGGGCGGGGUUGAAGUUUAUGGCCUACGGCUGGGGGGUUUCCCCGUUUAUUCACCUCCCUUGUGGGCUUUUUAAUAGCCUCUACGGACCGAUGAACUUCUUUACUGGGAACUACUUCUUCGACGCCCUCAGCGGGCGAUGGAUGCGGUGUAACAUGGUGGAUUCCCAGCUCCACCGGCAUUUAUUGCAGCGCGAGAAGCGGCUGAUUCGCGCGAUCGGCCGUCUGGAAUUCAAGAGAAAGCGCAUGCGCGGCGAGGAAAAAUGGGCGAGGCGGCUCGCCGCGAUGGGCUUCUCCUUGGAUAAGUUUGGUCAAAAAUUUAUGUCGAAGCAUGGGCGAAAUGCGAACGGCAAGGCAUCCCCCACAGCGCGUGGAAGGGAAAGCGAAUCCAACCUUUACGAGGUCCUCGGGGUAAAGCGCACCGCCACGCAGCAGCAAAUCAAGGCGCAGUAUAAAAAACUCGCGAUGCUCUUCCACCCGGAUGUCAUCCCGCAAAGCAACGGCUCCGCCUCCGAGCGCGAGCGGCAGGAAGCGCAGUCGCGGUUUGAAGCCAUUUCGAACGCCUACGGCGUUUUAUCGAACCUGGAAAAGCGUCGCGCGUACGACAUCGGCGGGGCGCGCGCGAUUGAGAUGCAGGAAAGUCGUCACGGCCGAUUUCUCGCGCGCACGCCGGAGGCGAUGGUGCAGAGCAUUUUUGGCGGCGAGGCGUUUCGUCGGACGCUGCUCGGGGAGCUGCUGCGCUCGCACUGGGCGCUGCGCACAGAGGCGCAGGUGAGCGUCUCCCUGCAUCAAUUUGAGGAGCUCCUGUGCAUUCGGGUUCGCCAAAUCGCGCUCGAGCUCGCGGCGAUCGCCGACGUCCACGCGAAAGGCGAUGGGAAAGGAACCGGAAAGGGGACGAACCCCCCCUUUGAACGACCCCGAGGGGGGGGGGCGAGUAAGGGAAAUCGCUCCAAGAGCCCCUCCCCCUUCCCCUCUUCUUCUCCUUCUUCUUCUUCCUCGAAUGCGAAUGAAACCACCUCAACCCACGACGCGCGCCUGGAGCUUCACCCGGGGAGCAACGCGGCGAACGACUUUUCGCGCGAUUUCGACGAACGCUGCGAGCGUUUUGUGGCGCGCCUCGCCGAGGCCUGUUUCGGCCGCGAGCUCCUCUACGAGGUGGGCGAGGCGUACGUCGUCGGGGCGCAGCGCUUCCUCCGACUCCGCCCGUUUUACGCGCCGAAAAAGCUGCUCAACCGGAAGAUCUUCUCCGGCGUCAGCCGCAUCGUGGAGGCGAUUUUGGAAAAAAAGAACCCCCUCGGCGAGGAGGCCCUCGCGCGGCGGAUUUUGGUGGAGUAUUUCAACAUGGAGUACGAUAACGUCGUCGCGGACGCCCACGUCGUGCUGCGUUAUGCGGUUCAGAUGGUUUUGCAGGACGCCACGCAGAGCGCGGAGGUCCGUCGGCGGCGCUGCUACGCGGUGUGGUGGUUGGGAAAGAAGAUGAUGAAAAAGGGCUCGCCGUGGGAUGCCGUGAAGCGCGAUGACGGCGAUCUCAUCGCGUACGUGCAGCAGGCCGCCAACGCCUCCGCCACCACCAGCAAACCACCAGAAUUUUAG